AAGAGCCUUGAAUUACUUCUUUUGUCAGUUUAAUAGGACGAUUGUAAAGUCUCCACCUUCUAGUCACCGUUAUCAGUUCUCAUUCUUGAAGUAGUUACAAAACUAUUUUUCUCUCCAAAAGUCUCCAAAAAUCUCAGAAGUUCCCAACAGACGAAAUGGAAGAGAUACAGAUUCCAGAACGCAUGUUUGCCGCUGGUGAAAAACCUGCUGGAGAGAGAGUGAACACCUACCACAAACCCAAGAGAAUUGAUUCCAUAAUUGAAGUCUUGAAACCUGAUGAAGUCGAGUUUAUGCGGAAUACAACCUUUGGGAAGAUCAUUUCGCAAGCAGAAAACCCUUCGUUUUCAGGUACCUUUGGUCAGUUCGUCAUUGUGCGUAUACUCAGGGUGAAGAAAAAAAAAGAGAUCUGGUUCUUGUUCGCUGGUAAACCUAUUAGGAUGUCUCUUCAAGAGUUUGCUCAUGUAACUGGGCUUAAUUGCAACAAGAUUAUCAAAAAGAACAUCAAAAGGAAGAAGAAUCCUAUUACAGAGAAGCUAUAUUGGGGUGAACUCUUUGGGUCUCUCAAGUUCUGUCCAGUUGAUGCAGCGAUAGAAAUGCUGAAAAAGAAGAAGGUUAAAGACCGCGAGAUGCGGCUGAAGUAUGCAUGUCUUGCAUUCACGUCAUGCUUUUUACUUCCGACAUCUCACCUCCCCCGUAUUAUCCCGGAGCACGUUGAAUUGAUUCGUGACUUCAGUGAGUUUCUUGCUUAUCCCUGGGGGAGAGUAACAUUUGAGAUGCUGGUAACUGGAAUCAAGAAGAAAGACGAAAUCUUACUCUCCCAAUCCAGCAUUGCAUUGCCUGGAUUCGUAGAUGCCAUUCAACUUGUAUUCAUGGCUGCCGUUCCUCAGAUUAAAGAGGUUGUCCCGCAGUCAGAACCUGUUGUUGUGAUUGAGUCUGACAGUGAAUCUGAGUCGGGAUGUAAUGACACUGAAGCUGAAGUAGAAGAAGAAACAGAUGCCCCAGCGCCACAGCCCAAGACGGUCUGAUACUAUGUCAACCCAACUCACGCCAGAGACCUAGAUGAGGAGGCAAAGACGGAGGUCAUAUCCAUGAUUGAGGAUACUACACACUCGCGUAAUCAGUUGGAGUGGGAUGACGAGGUCGACGAUGAGACUGUCGAUAACCUUGUCCGCCUAAUUCAAAAUGGCAAAGUUUUCAACAAGGCAAUGUUUGUUGGGGGCUUAACCGGCGUCGAUCUGUCUCGUAUGAGGGCUGAAAAGAAACAAAAAGAAAAAGAGGGUAAAGAUAAAAAGGAACCAGAGAG